GCGCCGGAUAGUCGGUGUCACCGGUCUGGCCUGCAGUAACCAAGACGCAUGGGCCAAGCUGGAUCGAACCGCGCCAAGAAGGACGCCAAGGCCAUCACCAAGAAGAGCGUCCAGGCCACCAAGAUUGAACGCGCCAAGGCGACGGGCAUCCUGUCCCUGCACGGCUGUAAGCUCAAGCGCAUCCCGGAUGACGUGUUUGCCAUCGAGAAGCUCAACACGCUCGACCUCUCCAACAACGAGCUGGUCGAGAUUCCAGCGGCCAUUGGUCAGCUCAUCAACCUCAAGACGCUCAAGCUCGAUAGCAACCAGCUCGCAUCACUGCCGGACCUCUCGGCCUUGACCAAACUGACCAACCUCGUGCUCGACAACAACAAACUAGCGUCCUUGCAGGCGCUGCCGCCAGCGCUCAUUAAGCUCAGCGCCCGCAACAACCAGCUCUCGGGACUGCCACCGAGCCUGUGCAGCUUGGCCCAUCUCGAGGUUGUGGACGUGAGCCAGAAUCAAAUCGCCUCGAUCCCGUCGGCGAUUGCAAGCUGCUUGAGCUUGAAAGAGCUCACGCUCGACGACAACCGCCUAUCUCAACUGCCCACCGCGCUCUCGCAGUGCGCCAAGCUUAAAGCGCUUUGUGUGCGGCGCAACCGGCUCGGGCCGCAGUCGAUCGCCGCUUCGAUCCUCGCGACGUCGGCCGUGCACAUUAUGCAGCUCGAGGGCAACCCGAUGACCAAGUUUGACUUGGAAGCGAUGGACGGAGUCGACGCUUUUCUUCUCCGGCGCAAGGAACUCAAGGACAAGGAGCUCCACGGCGGCCUCCACACGGACGUGGCGCUCUGCGGCCUCGACUAAAUCGACGACUAACUACAAUCCGCUUCUUCUAUUGUCCUCUA